UCAGAAGGAUCUACGCAGAUUCAACGGUCCAGAUCUCGUGGAGUUUAGUUUUAAUUCGCCGGCUCUCGAUUAAAAAAAAAAAAAGAAAUCUUCGACGAGAUAAGCAGCAGCCCAAGAGCGCAAGAAGGGAAGGCCUAAAAAAAAGGGAAGAGAGGAGGGAGAGAAGGUUCCAUUUGACCCACCAUAGAGAUCCCGUGGAGGAGAAUUUGUAGCAGACCGAUCUGAUCUGUCGUCUGUUGUCUUUCUCGGAAAACUUUUUUGAGUUUUCUAAAUCAUAACUAUGGGUUUGUGGGAUGCUUUUCUCAAUUGGCUUCGCAGCCUCUUCUUCAAGCAAGAAAUGGAGCUUUCAUUGAUAGGACUUCAAAAUGCAGGAAAGACGUCACUUGUUAACGUUGUUGCUACCGGUGGAUACAGUGAAGACAUGAUUCCUACGGUUGGGUUCAACAUGAGGAAAGUGACCAAAGGAAGUGUCACAAUCAAACUUUGGGAUCUUGGUGGUCAGCCUAGGUUCCGCAGCAUGUGGGAACGCUACUGCCGUUCUGUUUCCGCCAUUGUGUAUGUAGUCGAUGCUGCUGAUCCUGACAACCUAAGUGUCUCGAAAAGCGAACUCCAUGAUUUGUUGAGCAAGACGUCGCUUAGUGGUAUCCCUCUUCUAGUCCUCGGUAACAAAAUCGACAAGCCUGGUGCUCUGUCCAAAGAUGACUUAACCGAGGAAAUGGGGCUCAAGUCGCUCACAGAUAGAGAAGUCUGUUGCUUCAUGAUAUCUUGCAAGAACUCUACCAACAUUGACCAAGUGAUUGAUUGGCUUGUAAAGCACUCCAAGUCUGCAAGCUAAACAGAUAUUUUCUCAGUCUUUCCUGUGUGUUGCUCCUUUGAUGGUGGAAGAAGACAAUUUUAUUUAUUUUGUUUUAAAUCAUGUGAGAAACAAGACUUGUCUUUUGUUUUUAUCGUCUUUCUUCUUCUGUAUAUUAGUCUUGAUUGGUUUUCCUCUUCUUAUGCAACAAAUUUCACCUUCCUU